AAGUGUAAAAAAGUGUAGGUGUAGAAUGACGUUCCACGCCAUUGAAGAUCAGCUGAUCAUGACAGUCAUCCGUUUGUUACACUGAAGUGGAAAAACACGAAUGAUUUCAUGAAAUCUUAGACGUUUAUUUGAAUUUUGAAGAAUUUCGGGAAAAAGAACGUAAAGAAGAUAAGAUGAAUGGAGGAUUGAAGCUGCAGAAAAACGAAUGUCCAUUUUAAAGGAGCUACGUCGCGAUGCGACAACCCUGAUAUGUUUUGUUGAAUAUACGUUAAGUGCUGCGUGAUUAGAACCAUUGUUUACAUCUCAAGAUGUCGAAUUGAUGCUCCGUGACGUUUAAAAUUGCGGGGAACUGGAUUAAUCUGAGCGAUGGCAGCAAAAGUGUAUCAACCUGAUCAGGAACUGGAAACGAAGGUUAAGAAAGCGACAGAGCGGAUAUCGGAGAAUAUGCACAUCGUCGCGAAUGAGCCGUCGCUCGCGUUUUAUCGGCUGCAGGAACAUGUGAGAAAGGCGCUACCACCAAUGGUAGAAAAACGCGUAGAGGUGCUAGCGCUGCAGCAACAGCUGCUGGGCAGAUGCUACGACGUCGAGUACGCGGUUAGCGCCAUCCGGACCAUGCAGGGCGCCGAGAAGAGCUUCGAGAACACUCUGGAAUUCAUCAAGAACGCCAUAUUCUUCAAGCAACAGCUAAAGUACGUGGAGCAGAGGCGGCACAAGAAGGAUGGCAGCAGGGAUUCCGUCUACAAGAGGCUAUCAGCGCACAUUCCGACCUUGGAUCACCUGCCGGAUGAGAUAUCUGACGUUGUGCGGGAGACUGCGAAUCGCGUCGAGUCGAUGAUGAAUCACGCCCGGCAUUCGAGUGACGUGCAACGAUCGGCCGCUGCUCACAAGGAUUAGAAAAGGAGAGAAGGACUUUUCUGUGAUAACAGUUCGCUCAUCCGCGAGUUUUGUACAUAUAGAUUGCCAUAUAUAUAUAUAUAUAUAUAUAUAUAUAUAUACUGUUGAUAUAAUAAAUACAUAAUAUCGUAACAUAAAUAUUCCUACUUUGCUCUCAUAAGUAUCAGCAACUCACUAAUUUGUAAUCAACAUUUUUUGUCUAAUUUGACUAGGCUAAUUUAAUAUGUCAUUUAUAUAACAAUACUCUAAGAAUCAUCGAAUUUUUAGAUUUUAUCAGAAAUAGUGGAUGUUAUGUUCUAUUUUUUAAUAUUUAACUUUCAAUCAAUACUCAAAUUAGAUAUAUUAACAAUCUCCAAAUUUGAUUACAUUUUUCUGUAUUGUGUUAGCUAAUUUACAAUAGUGUACGUUGCUUGUUUACAUAAAAAAAAUGUGUGUGAAAAAUCAUAUAAUUUAAAACAACAUGUAAAUUAUAUAGACAUAAUCUUGAAAUUUAUCGUAUAAUUUUGCUUAAUUAUUACUAUUUUUAUUGAGGUUUUUUUUUUACAUUGCAUUUUAAAUAAGUUUAUUAAUUCAUCAAUCAAUUGAUGAAUAAAAAAACUCAUUUUUAUGUUGCAUUUGAAUCAUGUCUCAGGUCAGGAUUGUGCCAUAAAUUUCAAGAUUAUGUCUACAUUAUUUACAUAGUUUUUUAUACGAAUCUUUUUCAUGUAGACAAUACAAGUAAUGUCAAUCUUUAUAAAUUAGAUAAUACAAUAUCGAAAAAAGUAAGUUACAAGAUUGUUAAUAUAUCAAACUUUAAAACUGAUAAAAUUAAAAUAUAUAAAAUUGAAAAUAAAAAACGGAAUAAAAUUUUCACAGUUAUUGAUAAAAUCUCAGAAUCUUUUGUGCUCCAGAGAUUUACAUAGACACAAAAUAUAAUUUACAUUGUAUACGGAUGCAAUACAGAUUA